GAGAUGAGUCUGCAAGUCCUGACAAAGGAGAUGGUCAGUAUCAUCCUUUGGAAUUUCAUCUUUGUCCUGAAUAACUACCUUUAAUGGUCAAUUAUCACAAAGAAGAGGCGUGUCCGUUGGGAUCCUUCCACUCCAAGGCUGUUUUUCUGUAUAAAUGGCGGUUCUUCGAAUGGUUUGUCGUCAGUAUUCCGAAGAGGGACCUCAGCUGCUCACUCACUCACUCAUUCAUCAUGAAGGUUGCUAUUUUCCUGUGCAUUUUGGCUGUUGCCUUGGCAGAACCUGAGGCCAACCCACAGUUGCUGGGCGGCCACCCUCUACACUACAGCCAUCCCUACGGAUUCCCACUCAUCCACAACCAGGGCCUACCCCUGACCUACAGCAAUCGAUUCCCACUCACCUACGGCCACGACCUCCCUCUCACCUACAGCAACAGAUUCCCACUCCCUUACAACCAGGGACUUGGGUACCCCUUCGGUCCUAACUUCUACCCAAGAGGAGUACCAGCAGGAGGUGCCCAGGUUUAGGCAGUGCGGAUAAUUCACGGACAAAGAUGUAAUAAGCUGUAUAAUAACCUAAAUUUAAAAUACAACAUUGUAUUAUAAAAUUGAUGUGUAUAAUAGUGAUGGGUGAUUGUUCAUGAUCUCCAGUAUUAUUCCGAAUAUUACCACGCAAUAGACCUGUCUUAAACUGUAAAUAAAACGCAAAAAUAAACAUUAA